AUGACAAGCCAUCCGUCCUCACCGGCACCUUCUCUCGGAUCGCCAGCCUAUCGCAAAGGUGUUGCGUUCGGCCAGCCAGGUUGGCGUGCCUCUCGCGCUUCAAAAGGUCGUGUCAGUCUCAUCAAUUCACCCUUACAGAGAGGCGCUGCUUAUCCUUCCGCUUCGCCGUCCGUACGUGGAGGGACACCUUCGUCUUUGCCUGGCUCUCCACUCAUUCGCACCGCUCCUACUUUGAGCACGCAGUCUGUACGCGCAUCAAGACUGUCGGACACACCGGACCUGAACGGCUUCGAUCAAAGUUCAGAGCAGUCAUAUCUAUCGACGCCGAAUGAAGAGCAUCCAGAACCACCGUUACCUGAUAGGACAAGGCGCAAACGCUUUGUCCGCAAACGCCCGCUUCUCGAGCGUAUUCAGCAAUGGCCUGUCGAUGUAUAUUAUCGCCUCACAUCCAGCGUAUUCGACCUUGAAGAGCAACUCUUUGCAGAUCAAGCUGGCAACGUCCUCGGUGCCAUCCUUCACGCGGCUUCUUUACUCGCGCUUCUACUCUCUCCCGAUUCCAGCUUGGGGUCUUGGUUCAUGAACAAGCCGGCACACCGACGCGCACAGAACCCGGCCAUCGCGUACGAGUACCUCGUCAGCCAUACAGGCGAUGAGUCUGCUAUGGUAGAUGCGCUCAAGCGACACGCUCGGAAGAGCGUUGUGUAUCAAACUUCUGAUCGCUUCUUUCGAUUUGCGUCGAGUGCCAUGUUCCUGGUCAUCUUUGUCACAAGCUGUGCAAACGCAUAUCUGUUUUUUACCAAGCGCCGAGCGUACAAGUUCUACUCGCAGCAGAAACCAAACGAGCCAACAAGUUCCAGCAUGCAAAUGAAACACGGCAUCCGUCAGCUGUCCAUGUGGGAUCCAAGCCCGUAUACUGCCAAUCUUUUCGCAACUUUUUCACCAGCACAUGCGAUCAUCUAUCCUGCCGCUGCACUGGUCCGCAUGGAUGCUUUUUCAUGGUUCAUUUUUGCCUUCCUGCUGUUGGCAGUUUCAACCCCGGUGCAUCUGAUCUUGCAUCAAUACCAGCAGCUGGUAAAGGACAAAGGUGUUGUGCAGGCUGCCGUGCUGACAGAGUACAACGAAAAGUACGUCUAUCCACGUGCUACUCCUGUUGUCCGCGAUCAAACUACUCAGACAGAUCUCUAG